AUGUCUACUGCCAAGUUCCAGUGUCCUCCCUACAAGCUUUUCGAGCCCGACUACCAUCCGCAAAAGCCCAUUAUCGUCGGAGUUGACGACAGGCUUGAAUCGCCUGACACUAUCGCGCUUCGCUACGAGGAAGCAGCCCGAGCAGAGACCGGAGGAGGAGACCCAAGAGGGGACUCCCCUCCUAGGCUUUUGGAGAUGGCAACCUACACUAAGGCCCAGCUGCCUUCUAUGCAUGCUGGCUACGAUGUGGCAAGAUACCAAGAUGCAGGCUACGAACAAUACCCAGCACAGAACUACCCAACUCAACAACAGUCCGACAAGUUUGCUCAGCUGAACCAGCAGUCUUUCGCCAACAACAAUGCAGCCGUAGCAUAUGCUAUGCCUACGGGCAUUGCUCCAGCACCAACUGUUCUAUCAUGCCAACCACCAACAGGUGUCUUUGGCACCAAGGUUUAUGUCAAGCUUUCAUCACAAUAUGACCUUUUCUCGUUAUCGACACCGAUGCCACAAUUCUCCUUACUGUUUGGAUCUGAAAAGUGCUCUGCCCAAGAUGUCUCUCGAGACCUGCAAGACAGUACUGGCUUUAUCUACAGCUGCAGCGGAGACGCACCUCAAUUUUUGGUCACAAACUGUCAAAGCAGCAAUGUGCCAUUGUCACUCGUCCUGGACGGCCCUUCAGGGGACGAAAUUUCUCGCAUUCCCGUUGGUACUUUUCAGUAUCUUGAAGGGUCCGGGGAUGACAUCACGAGGUCAACCAAGAUGCCUAAGCAUGAGGACACAGCACCUGCCCCUACUAUUGAUCAGCCGAGUACCUCACCUAAAAGUGAGCCUCAACUACCAGCAGAGCCCGGUACAAAUACCUAUGGAUAUCCUCCGCAGCAGGGACAAUAUGCCAGUACCUUCCCGCAAGCAAACAACGACAUGAUCAGCACUUAUAGCCGAAGCACAAGCUUCACGGACCCUCACUACCAUCGCCGCCCGACGGCAGGAUGGAGUCCUUAUCCGAGUACACUGGGCAGCACAGGGAGAGGACCGGCAGGCUUGGAUGCUUCAAUGGUUGGACGUCCACCUUUGACGCCUCUCGGCAUGUCAUCACCGUCUCACUCUAACGGCGCCCCCCAACUAGUUCGAACAAGCACUAUCGCUGCUAACCCUGGCAACAACUCCAACUAUCACCCUAUCUCUCUCUAUUCCGGUAAAGCAAUUUUGAAGAUUGCUGGUAAGCUGGAGACGAUGGCUGAGAACUGGACCUCAGAGGAAUGGGCCAAUCGUCGCCGGAUCGUCCUCUUCCGCAAGACACAAAAGGGAUCAACCGUCAACGCCACCUGUCAAUCGGUAAGCGUCAACGACCGACCACCUAACAGCAUCUGCAUUUCUUGCAUAUGGUGGGCUGAAAAGGGCGAGUGUUAUGUCACAUCGGUCGACACUAUCUAUCUUCUCGAGCAGCUUGUUGCCGCGCCAGCCCGUUUCAGUGUCGAGGAGAAGAACCGUAUCCGCCGUAACCUGGAAGGAUUCCACCCCCAGACGGUGUCCAAGGCUAAGCCCGACAGCGAGGAGUUCUUCAAGAUCAUCAUGGGCUUCCCCAACCCCAAACCCCGCAAUAUCGAGAAGGACGUCAAGGUGUUUCCCUGGAAGAUUCUGGAGUCUGCCCUCAAGAAGAUUAUUGGAAAGUACAGUGUCAGCCCCAGCAGUACUGUAGGACCGCCCAGCAUGAUCAGCCAGCCUAACGGACAUUAUGCACCUUUGCCAACGCCUCCAGGACAGGGCAUGGCCCCAAUACACCCUGACGCCCACCCACAAUACUCUCUUCCUCAGCAUCACGACUCGAUACCCUCACCACGAUCACUUUCCGGCUCACAGCCUAGCUGGACACCAUACACAACGGCACCUCCAGGAUACUCUGCAGCAGCCUCUCGCACAUUAAGUCCCGGACUCCGUCACCACAGCCCUCAACAACCGCCUUUACGUAUCAACACAACACCUCUGCCAGCAGUUUCAAGCUACGACACUCGAAGCGGAGGUUAUGGAACAAGUGGUCUACACACGCCUCUGAGCCAUCAUCCACCGACCGCGACUCCUCCACGAUGGGAUCCCACACCAGCGACAUACCCAGACAGUUACCCCAGCCUGACAUCACAAACGGCCCAGCCAGUGUACGGCGCAACGGCAUAUGGUGAACCUGCCCCCAGAGCAUGA